CUAACCUCGGUGAGUUCCUCUCGCUCUUUGUGUCUUCCUCCAGUUCCAACUUGUACGUAUCAUUUAACAUUUCGACCCGCCACGGAUUAAUCUAACGACUCCUAACAGCAUGGCAAUUCCAUAAAUGUACAAAAAAAUGAGGAAAGGAUUUGUGAUAUUGGCAAUUGCACCUGUUCUCAUCUAUAGGCUGAAAUCAACAAGUCUGGCAGCUUGCAAACGGCUAUAGAAUUUAAUAAUGUUUGCCACAUUCAACAUACAAGGCAUUAUUACACUGUUUUUGGAGGUUCUGGUAAUAAAGAUGGAGAAAACGUCCUCGUCUGAAGCAAAUGUUAAUGGACAAGUCCAUAGAGUAAAUAGUGCCAUUAAUACUAAAAGUAUAUUAAAGUAUAAAGAAGACACAAAGCUUUAUUGGGAAAAUAAAAUGUCUACCGAAAUGAAAGACAAAGUGGGGACCAAGGUGGCUGUAAAAAAGUUAGAACCCAAAACUGAGAGCCUUAUUGAAAAAGAGAUCAGAAUUCAGAAGGAAAAGGAAAAGGCUUUGGAAGAAGAGAGGAAAAAUGCGAUCAUGCUCAUGGAAACAAAAUCAGAUACUUCACUCAAAGGAGUUGUAAAUUCAAAUGAUGUCGAUAGGGUUUGCAAGAAAAAGAAUCAUGAUUUAAAUGGAAACAUGAUGAUACCAGCUGGUGCUAUGGUGUUCAAUACAACUAGUAACAAGACCACACAAACUUAUGAUUCUACAAAGGAGUUCGCCUUAAACAAGAAGUUCUCUUCUAUGAGUAGCCUUUACACAAAUGGGAACGAUUAUCCAUCCUAUAACGGGAUGAAAUAUAUGGCUACAACAUCAUCAACACCAUUUGGUUUUGGAAAUAAAAAACAAUUGUUUGGGUUUAAAACACAAAAAGGGUUGAUGCAGAAAUUCAUAGAGACCCAUUCAAAGAAAACCGUAGCCCCAGUAGCUACACAACCACCUGUACAACCUAUAAGGCCAAAAUUGUCUUUUUCGGAUUUUGAGCCUGCUCAGUCACACAACCACCCCAACUGGACAAAACGCCCUGGCUACAUCUCUACCGAAGAUAAAAUUCAAAAAGAGAUGGAAGAGAUGAGGUUAAGAGAAAACGAAUUAAAGACAGAAAGAGCGAAAUUAGUUCGUUGUUCCCAGCCCAACCUUGUGACACUAGGUGCAGAUAAAGAAUCUGACACAGACAGUGGAAACGAAUCAAUGGGACAGCUACGAUCUGUAUCAAGUAAUCCAAAUUUGCUUGAUGAAAAGGAAUGUGAACCUUUUACAUCCCCCAUACAAAAAAAGAGAAACUCUUUAUUCGAAGUUUGGGAGAAAAGAGUGCGUAACCAGAACGAUUGAGUGAAACUAUAUGCAACAUUGGUACAUGGACACAAGAAUGGAAAAAAAAAGAUAAACAAAUAACAUGAGCCAGCCUUGUGAAAAUAUCGUUAAUUGUAAACGUUGUAAUACAUUAAAAGAAAAGAAAUGUUGAGGGGGAAACAAUAAACAGGAUAAUAACAUAUGAAAGUGAAAAUAAUCUCACAACUCUACCACUGCACAUCAGGAUCUCAUCUAACUUCAUCGUUUUAUGAGUUAAAUAUAAUUCCCAAUCAAAAUAUUGUUACUUGAUGUUAAAUAAAUGGCUAUAUUUAUAAUUGGAUAUGCGUUGUAAUUUGAAAAUAUACUCAAAUAUACAUCAACUAUGAUUGUUUAUUUCAUAAUUAAUGUACAAUUUGUACAUAUUUAUAAACUUAAUUCACUACUACUUUCUGUGAUUUAAUAUUUCAUAAUGAAUGUUUUAAACAUAAAAAUAAAUAUUAAUUACUGUGUGCUUGCAAAUGUAAGAGUUUUAUGUGUGCGUGCAUGUUUGAAUGUGUGUUUUCUUUAAAUAUAUCAAAAUGUAUCCAGUUACGUCCAUAUUAAUACGGAAAAUGAGCAAAUUCAAUACAUUUUUGUUUUUAAUUAACAUCGAACAGCUUGUUAUGAAAAUUAUAUGAAACGCUUAUAUUCAUUCUUGCUUGUUAUAAUAUGAUAAAAUUCAAUUAUACAUGUUCUUUUUUUUG